AUGCACCAUCCAAUAGUAUUUGAUCAUGUGAUCUUAAACGUGGGAAACGGUUAUAACAAACAUUCGGGGGCAUUUACAGCCCCUAAAAGUGGAAUCUACGUUUUCACUUCCCUUCUCUUCCCUAGUCGAGGUGGCAACAUGGCAGUGAAUAUUUUCAAGAACAGUGAAGCUAUUGCUCAGAUUUUUACAGAGGCGGGAACUGACACGUUUAGUGGAACAACUCCAGUAGCUGUCGUUGAGAUGAAUGUUGGAGAUAUCGUUUUUGUCCGAACCAGUUCUAUUUUUCAACCACAUGGGGAUGUAAAUAGUAAUGUAAACCAAAAAAGUUCAUUUGCUGGAUGGAAAAUAGCAGACUUAUGA